CCGUCCCCCUCCCACGGGGCGGCGCAGCUCAGCGCAGAGGCGGGGAGGAGACUGGACUUGAGUGGAAACACAGGACGGGCGCCCCGUGAUCCCGCUGCUUGUUGCCGGGCCCAUGGCUUCCCCCCGCCUGGAGACCUUCUGCUGCCCGAGCCGGGACCCCGCCACCGACUUGGUGCUGGGUUUCCAGCCCGCCUUCUUCAACGGCAUGAGCGCGGCCAGCGCCGGCCUGGGGCUGCUCGGCACCGCGGCGCAACUGCUGCCCAAGCGCCGGCUCGGCUACCGCAGGCUCAGCCACAGCUCGCUACACAAACCCGCCGCCUCAUCCCGUAUCCUGCUCUUCCUCAGUAUCUGUGAUAUGCUGGGCUGUGUGGGAAUAAUAAUCCGGUCGUUGGUGUGGCUGAGUUUUCCGGACUUUGUGUCGAAGAUCUCCGUGAAUGGGACAGAAAUAUGGCCGCCAGCCUUCUGUGUCGCCAGCGCCAUGUGGAUCCAGCUGUUCUACAGUGCCACGUUCUGGUGGCUGUUUUGCUACGCCAUCGAUGUGUACCUCAUCGUGAAGCGGUCGUCUGGAGUGAGCAUCCUGGUGCUGUACCACAUGAUGACCUGGGGCCUGGCGAUCCUGCUGUGUGUUGAAGGAGUGGCCAUGCUGUACUAUCCCUCCAUCUCCAGCUGUGAGAAGGGCCUCCAGCAUGCUAUCCCACACUACGUCACCACCUACACUCCGCUCCUGCUCGUCCUCCUCGUCAACCCCAUUCUCUUCAGCAAAACCGCAGCCGCAGUUGCAGGUUUGCUGAAGGGAAGACAAGGAAUUUACACUGAGAAUGAGCGUCGACUCGGGACAGAGAUCAAGUUACGGUUCUUCAAGAUUCUGCUCGUGUUUGUCAUUUGCUGGCUCCCAAACCUCAUCAAUGAGAGUCUUCUGUUCUACCUUGAGCUGCAGCCAGACAUGAAUGUGGAUGGGCUGAAGAAUGUGCGGAAUGCAGCGCUGAUCACUUGGUUCAUCAUGAGUAUCCUGAACCCGAUGCAAGGCUUUCUCAGCACCCUGGCUUUCUACGGAUGGACCGGAUGUGACUUCUAUCUCAAAUUCCAAAGGCAAGAGGUCCCGUGGGAAUCGCCGGAAACGUCAGCUGCGGCAGACAACGCGUUCAGCAGCCCCGCCGGCACCUCGGUCAAUUACCACCACGGCUUCCGCCAGCAGCCGCCCAAGGUGCCGACUGCCAACGGGUAUGAGAAUAGUGACGAGCUUUCUGUCGUCUCUGAAGGUUCCGAGACCAGUACAUUUGAGCUCAAUAUGCCGAGGGGAGAGCGUGACUUCAGUGCUGACGGGGACUCAGUGGGAAGCGCCGAGAGGGCGUAACGUUGGUGAGAGGAGUCUCCACUCUGGGGGCACAUCGCAGAGCUGGACUGGGCAAACUCAACACCACUGACUGCCAGCCACUGCUGAACUAGUCCAUAGUCUGUUCAACAGCGACCCUUCUUCAGACGCAAGGGCCCCGACCCAAAACGUCACCUGUCCCUAUUCUCCAGAGAUACUGCCCGACCCACUGAGUUACUCCAGCACUUGGUGCCUUUAUUAAAUCUGUUCAAAAUGUUUGUUGGAUGGAAAGCGUUUGGGGGGGGGGAAUGGAUAUCAUUUCACAGCAAUGUUGAGUUAGCUGAGGGAGUGCAAGUCAUGCCUCACCACAGAACACAGAGUAAAACCAGCAACGCGUUUCACAGCCUAGUGAUACAUCUCAACUAUUAUUUAUCAAAUAAUCUGUUCAAGUCUUUAAUUCAAUAAUUUCCUCUCCUGGAGUAAUUAUAUUUUAGCAAAAAACAACCAGGAGUGUGAAAUAUAUAAUCUUAGUAGGAUGGUCUCAGCGAUUCCUUUUGAUCCCAAACACAAUCUAUUGGAAAUAAACACAAAUCUUUUUCAGUGAAAGGUGAAUCAUUCAUGAAUGUAGACAUUUGCAUGUGAAGUUAACAGUUCCAUGUGGGCCAAGCUGCCAGAGGCUACAGAAGCUACAGAUAUGAUUCACAUCAGCUUGUUGGACACAAGAGGUUUUCUGUUAGUUUGCUGAGGAAUCUCAUGUCACAUAAUUUGGGAUAAAAAAGAUCUGGAGGUAAAUUAAUUGAUGUGACAAGAUUUUUGACAAAUAAUUUUCAGCACAAAUGGUGGAAGGUGAGAGGAAGUGAUUGGCAAAAGGCCCAGUGAGGAUUUUGGGCGACCCCCACAUAUAGUGGAUUCUACACGAUGUAUAACAAGUAUUCACAGUGACUGGUCAAAUUGGCGAGUAGCUACAUUACCAAGUUCAUGUAAAUGGUGAACAGCGCACUUCCACACACACGAUAAAUCACCGUACAUUUCCUUACAGGUGACACUAUUCAGUACAAUUCACAACACAUUUAAUACUCACAGUAAAUGUAAUAUCCGGAUUUGACAAAUUGCACGAUAUUGCAGGGGUGGGAACGGUCCUUUUGACUGCACGCUAACCAUUUUGUUUAGUUUAUUGUCACGUGCACCGUGCACAGUGAAAACCAGUAAAUGCAACAUAUUGCAAAUUCUAUUUUACUCGCACAAUGAAAUAGUGAGAUAUUUAGCAAUGUUUUAACUUAUUUAUUUGAAUCUAUAUUUGUUAUUCGUUAUGCUUUCCUAUCUUGCAACAUAUUUAUAUUUUACACUGUUCCAGUUAAUGCAUUGUAGAUAGCUUACUUUCAAGAUCGUUCCAGCAGUCUAGAGUGCAACAUGUUUUGGGCAAAGCACAGAAGGGUGAUCCAUUUAUUUUAGUGUUUCUGCACCAUCUACUGAAGUUGAGACCUCAUGAUCAUCUUUGCGAUAUCUCGAUUCCAUUGUCAAUUGAUAAUGCAAACUCGAGCAGUUUUUGAGCUCAUGCCAAUCGGAGGGGGAAAUGUUUUUGGAAGUGUAUACAUAUAUUGAAACCUACUUUGUACAUGUAGGGAGUGAUUGGUGCCUGGAUUAUUCAUUGCAAAUCACAGAAGGAAAUCUACAAACCUGAUUUUCCAACGAGGUGGAGAAUAUAAUUCCACCGGCAACCACUCUGGAACAAUGGAGCUGUCCAAGAUUAUUUGUACAGAUAAAUGAAUUGUAAGACUUUCAUUGUUCCCUUUCGCCACAAAUGACAAUAAAACAUUCUUGAAUGGAG